AUGCAAAGAUCUCCUCUCAAGAGUAUCCUCAGGCACCUGCAACUACAACAGAAGCAGCCUCGUACAUGUUUUCGAAAAUGCUUUACCUCCGAUGUUUCCAACCACAACAAAAGUAGAACCGCAACUGCCCAUCUCCAGAGGGAAGCUCGUGAGUCAUGGCGGAGCGCCAAACCAAGUGUGUACGCUUUGCUCCACCUCCUGCGAGCUUCAACCAACCUCCGCUCUGAUUUAUUUUCUUAUCAGCUUCAUGGCUACAUUCUACGAUCUGGGUUCUCCUCCGAUGUCGCUAUUUCAACUGCCCUGAUUCGUUUCUACGUGGGAGGUCCUUCGCCAGAUGAUGCCCACAAAGUGCUUGUUGAUAUGUCUCAACCAAGUGUUGUCUCUUGGAACUCUAUGAUUUCCGGGUUCUUGCGCUGCGGUCACUCGCGUAAAGCAUUGUUCGCGUUUCUCCAGCUUGAAAGGUCUGAUAUUUCCGCAGACUCGUAUUCCUUGACGGCUGCUUUGGCCGCUUGUGGCCGGCUAAGCUUCUUGCGGCUAGGGCGGUCUAUUCACUCGGAGGUUGUGAAAUUAGGCGUAGAAAGUAGCGUUGUUGUUUCAAACUGCUUGAUCGACAUGUAUGGGAAAUGUGGGUCUGUUGAAGAGGCAAUCCAUAUGUUCGAUGAGAUGGUUGAUAAGGACCUGAUUUCAUGGAACUCAGCAAUCGCAGCGUGCGCAAGAAAUGGAUGCUUAAAACCAGCAGUUUGGUUUUUAGAGCAGAUGCCAAACCCCGAUACAAUCUCAUAUAAUGAGCUGAUUAGUGGCUUUGCUCAGUUUGGAGAGAUGGGAGAAGCAAUCAAGAUUUUGUCAAAUAUGCCAAACCCGAAUUCAUCUUCAUGGAAUUCUAUCAUAACGGGAUAUGUAAACAGGAACCAAGCCAGAGGAGCUCUGGAUAUCUUAUGUAAAAUGCACUCAAAGAACAUUGAAAUGGAGCAGUUUACUUUUUCAAGCAUUUUAAGUGGAGUUGCAGGCCUUUCAGCAGUAACAUGGGGAAUGCUGAUCCAUUGCUGUGCAAUAAAAGGCGGUUUGGAUGCGUCAGUUGUUGUGGGAAGCGCCCUAAUUGAUAUGUACUCGAAAUGUGGGGAGGUAAAGAAUGCGGAAUCAAUUUUCCAAGCACUAAAAGAAAGGAAUUUGGUCACUUGGAAUGCCAUGGUCUCUGGCUUUGCUCACAACGGAAAAUUUUCAAGAGUGAUCGACCUUUUUGAGCAGCUACAGAUGGAGGGGGGUGUAAAACCUGACGAAAUCACAUUUCUUAAUGUUUUAUCAGCGUGUUCACAUAAUCAAAUACCAUUAGAAACCGCAUUUCGGUAUUUUGAAUUAAUGAUCAAGGAUUAUGGGAUUGAACCAACCGUUGAACACUGUCGUUGUAUGAUCCGGCUAAUGGGACAGAAAGGGGAGUUAAGGAAGGCAGAGAAGUUGAUAUAUGAGCUAGGUUUUGGGGCUUCUGCGUUGGUUUGGAGAGCUUUGCUGGGCGCUUGCGUAGGUUGUAAAGAUUUGGAGGUUGCAAAGAUUGCAGCUGCGAAAGUGAUAGAGUUUGAGGGUGACAAGGGUUAUGCGUACAUUGUUAUUUCCAACAUAUGCGCGUCUUAUGGAAAUUGGGAUGAUGUUAAGGCAGUAAGGGAGCUGACAAGAGACGAGACGAUUUGGAAAGAAGCUGCUUGCAGUUGGAUUGAGGUUGAAAAUGUUGUCCCAAAUUUAGUCUUCAGAUGA